AGCCCUGAAUUCAAACACCAAUUCCACUCCCCAAAGAAAAGUAAUACCACACUAAAAUUGAAUUUUGUUCCACUUAGCCUCAAGUCGAAGUUUUGUCAGAGGAAGAAGGAGAAGAAGAGGAAGAAGAAGAAGAUAUCCUCUCUCUGGCAGAAGAAAAAUACAGGCCAGCUGCCCUUGAAAAGAUGAUAGCUUUAGUUGCUCUUUUGGUUGAACAGUCUCGCUCAGAAAGGUGAAAUGUUUCAACAUUCAAAAUGCUUAAAGCAUUUGACAUUAUCACAGACUGACAUGGCAGCAUUAACAGGAGGAAAGGGAUUUCCCUUCUUAUUUCAACAUAUUCGAGAUGGCAUCAAUAUAAGACAAACUUGUAAUCUGAUUUUCAGUCUGUGUCGGUACAAUAAUCGACUUGCAGAACAUAUUGUGUCUAUGCUUUUCACAUCAAUAGCAAAGUUGACUCCUGAGGCGGCCAAUCCUUUCUUUAAGUUGUUGACUAUGCUAAUGGAGUUUGCUGGUGGACCUCCAGGAAUGCCUCCAUUUGCAUCUUACAUUCUGCAGAGGAUAUGGGAGGUAAGUCUAGCACAUGUUUUCAGAAUCUAUCUUCCCAAGGGUUUUACUUUCUUAGACCAUCAAUACCAUCUUAAGUACUAGUUUCUUCUUACAUAUGUAUCCCAAAAUAGUUUCAGUAAGUCACAGGUUCAGAAACAUAGAGGAGCUUUAGUGAGAAGGUUGAAGAGAAAGGAAGUUCUGAGCUGGUCUCCCAGAUGUCAUUUUUUUUCUUGUAGUGUCAACAGCUUCAGCCAGUAUGAAGUUCUCAUUCUUCUGCCCUCAAGAAAGAUGCCAUAAAGCAACUAGAAACCCUAGAAUAUAAACCAAGUACUUUAAGCAGUUGACAGAAAUGGUAGAGGAAGCAUCAGCCACUUCUUGUCUUCCAGAAUUACUGAUGUGGUCAUAAAAUUUCUCCUUAGUGAAUAUUGGAAAAGCUGUAGACCAGGGAGCAGUGAACCUUUUCUCUAAAGGCCAGAUAGCAGAUAUUUUAGGUUUUGUAGGCCAUACAGUCUCCUUUGAAACUACUCUGCUUCUGUAUUAAGCUAAAAGGAGCCAUAGACAAUUAAAAACAAAUGAGUGGAUAUGACUGUGUUCCAGUAAAACAACACAGCAAGCAGCCACAGAACUUGGCCUGUAAGCCAAAGUCUGCCUAUACUGCUCUAGAGUCCUAAGAUUCCCUUUUCCCAUGGGAGGCAGGGGCAUUCUCCACAGCAGUGCAGUGAGCAGCUUUACAUUCUCGUAUAAUAGUAAGAGGUUGGAUAUAGAAUAAGAAAAGUGAAGAGAAAUAUUUUAGAACUGGAAGCAUGAUUCAGAUGGUGGAGUGCAAAGCCCUGAGUUCAAUCCUUAAUACUAUAAAAAAAUUAAAUAAAUAGAGAAAACUAAAAGUACUUUUUUUUUCAGUGUUGAGGAUUAGACCCAGGGCCUUAACCUGUGCUAGAUAAGUGCUCUACCACUGAA